CGACUGCUCAUUUUACCCUCAUAUGGGAUAUUAUAUCAUUUUCAAUGCUGUAUGCGAUGUUAUUUUGUGACUUGUCGAUUUUGAUCGCGCUGUGAACUACGUCAUAACCCCCUAUUCCACCCAGUGUUUAUCGCCAUUGCCUAAACGAGAUGAUUUGCUCCCGCGGAACGCCACCGCGACUUCAGCAUCCUACUACCACAGUGCGGUCCCUAUACGGAACAUUUUGAUCAAAAGCCACCAAGUACAUUCUGCUCUGUGGUGAGCUGUAGCUAUUGGGAAAUUUGGAUAAGAUUCGAAAAUGGUCACCGCUGCGCCUAGACUCUUGCGAGACUCAACUCUCAGCGCGGAAGGACCAGAACGAGUUGAAGCCUGGAAGCGACAAGACAGACAAUAUAUGAACGAAAGUCUUAAAGAAAUAAAACCAAACUUACCUAAAGUGGCAAAGAGGAAGCCAGAGGCCCAGCCUGAAUCUUCUAGGGCAUCGUCCAAAUAUGCACGGCGGGGGAGGGGUGAUGACGUCGCGGGAUCAUCGAGGUCAGCUGCAGUUAUUGAUUUGACUGGCGAUGAACCCGUGUCCAAGCCGACAAAAACAAGACCAACGAAGACCCAAAAGAGCAAGAUAUUGCCUGAUGGACCUCUUCCUGAAAAGAGGGCUCGGCCGUUUCGCAAGCACCCUCCAAAGACUUAUCUGGAGAGACUGGCUCGUGCCACCAGUCAAAGAAUGUUCGUCCUGGGUCAUAGUUUUACCGGCACUGGAGAGGGCGAGGCGCUUGAAAUGAACUUUGAUAUUGCCGGCUCGACUGGGAACAUCUACAAAACCGUCAUUCGGAAGGUGCCUACCUGCGACUGCCCCGAUUCUGCCAAAGGCAACCAGUGCAAGCACAUCUGCUAUGCCCUAGUGAAAGCUCUCAAAGCCCCCGAGCAUUUGCAGUACCAGCUGGCAUUCUUGUCAUCGGAACUUCGCGAAAUAUACGAGGGGUCGCCUCUCAGUCGCCAACAGGAUAAAGCUGAAGAUAACGAUGGCAACAGGAAAGCGGUGGAAGGCGACUGUCCCAUUUGCUUUAUGGAAUUCGAGCCUGACAAGGAGGAAAUCAUCUGGUGCCAAGCGGCGUGCGGGAACAACAUCCAUAAGACUUGCUUCAAUCAGUGGGCUGCUUCCCAGCGCCACCGGGAAGUUCGCUGCGUGUAUUGUCGUUCGCCAUGGCAGGCUGACACUAGCAACCUUAACUUGGAGAGUCUCAAGAAGCAGGGACAUAUCAGUGAGGAUGGGUACGUUAAUGUAGCUGACCAACUGGGUCUUUCUGGCGCACGUGAUUAUUCAAGCUAUCAUCAGCCUUGGGGCUACCGGGGUUCGUUCUCCUCUGGCUGGCGUAGGGGUUAUGGCCGUUACUAUUAAUGGAGUGUUUUGGGAGCAACGGGGAUCGAUUUAUACUAUAACUGGCUGAUAGUUUUGGAGGCUUCGGGCGUUUUAUACUUGGGAAUUUGCUAUAUACCCUUGCUUGAUGUAUAUUGAUGGUGUUUGGGCUAGGGCUAUGAUUGGGAGCGUGGUGUGGAGAUACACAAUUAUCAUUGCUACUUCAACCUCAUGGUGGCAGCUUGUAUCGUUAUCUAUCUACCUGAAAGCUUCGAAAUGAUGGAAGACUUCCUUCGCGUUGG